AACUGUCAAACAUCGUCGAAUUUUUAUUUAAUCGGAUUUGUUCUCAUUUCGGAACUUCCUACAUAAACUGCAUUUCAAUAAGAAAAAUCACGCAAAAUAAGUGCCAUUCGAACAAAGAAAAGUACAUAUUCAAUUUAAAAGGCACAUUCAUCACAAAAACGCUAAAUCAUUUCCCAAUAUACCUCAUCAUAAUUUUUUUGUACAACCGCAUUUAGUUGAAAAUAGAAAAGGAACAAAAAGAAAAGUGCUGAGAAGAAAAAAUAUCGAAAAAAUGAUUAUCACGGUGAAAAAUUUACACCAACAAACAUUCACAAUUGACAUCGAUCCCCAGAAAUCGGUCAAAGAAUUAAAAGAAAAAAUAUUCACAGACCUCGGCAGCGAAUACGUUGUCGAGAAACAGAAGCUCAUUUAUGCUGGCGUCAUUCUGGAUGAUGAAAGAACUAUCGAAUCAUAUUCUGUGGACGAAAAGAAAUUUGUUGUUGUGAUCUUGAAGCGUGACAUCCCGGCAAAGAAAACUGAUGAGCCGGAAGCUGCAAGUUCCAAGGACAAGGAGGAAGCCAAACCCAGUGAGCCCCCAUCACCGCAGAAAAAGACCGCUGAAGCAGCUGCCCCUAGCAAGCCGGUCGCUACACCGCAAACCGUCGAAACUAAAAGCACUGCAAGUCCCCAAAAGACCCCAGCUGCUGAUCCCGUUGCCGCUGCACCGGCCUCUGUGCAGGCGGCCGCAGAGUCAACUCUGCUCAUGGGUGACGAAUACAACCAAAUGGUUGAGUCGAUCAUGCAAAUGGGAUACCCUAGAGAUAUGACAGAAAGCGCAUUGGCAGCAAGCUUUAACAAUCCAGAUCGUGCAGUUGAGUACUUGCUUAGUGGAAUUCCACCAGACGCUUUGGUGGAUAGCGAGUUGAAUACAACACCAAGUGCAGAGUUGAGAGCCACUGCUGCAGCUGGACAGCGUUCAUCUGCAAACGAGAGCAGCGUUGCCGAGGAUUCGCUGGAGUUCCUAAGGAAUCAGCCGCAGUUCCUACAGAUGCGAGAAUUGGUACACCAGAAUCCGGAACUUCUCAACGCAGUGCUCCAACAGAUCGGUCAGUCAAACCCAGCACUAUUGCAACUUAUCUCGGAAAACCAGGAAGCAUUUUUGAACAUGUUAAACGAACCGCACGAGGCAGACAACCCCGCUUCGGCAACCAGACAAGCAACAGGAGAGGGAGUUCGUGCAGCUGUAGCUGAAUCUGUAGCCUCAGCUGAGCCCACUGAGCGAACCAGAGCCGGAGCUGCAUCUUCAGGUGAUGGCGGAGAAAACGUGUCGCAUGUCAUUCAAAUGACUGCUCAGGACCGCGAGGCCAUAUCAAGGCUCAAGGCGAUGGGCUUUCCAGAAGAAUUGGUCCUACAAGCGUACUUUGCAUGUGAGAAGAAUGAGAACCUAGCAGCUAACCUGCUUAUAUCGUCCAAUGACGACUAGGAACAACAACCAGCCAAUCACAAAAUCAAUCUCUCUCUCUCAACUCAACGUUUUGAUUUUUUAGUUUGUCAAUUUGUCAUAUAUGUUUCUGCACUUUGUUGUUGAUGAAUUCGCCACCUAUUCCUAUUUUUUGAAAAGUAGGUCUGGCCUAUGCUAAUCUUAUGCUAACAAUAUGAAAUCUGAUAGUUCGAUUCUUUUACAGAUACAAAACAAAAAUGAAUAAAUAAUUAAAACGAAAACCGAUAUAUCAAAAUAUAUGAUCUUUCUGCCUAUAAGGGCUUUAAAAAGA